AUGAGUGCACAACAUAGAGCUUUUUUCCUUUCUUUUCCCUCUCGUUCCGUCAAAAUGCUUCAGGCAUUAAUCUAUAAGCUGCCACUAUCUUGGUUUUUGUUUACUGUAACUCUUGCAAUUUUGCCAGGAGCUGCAGCAACGGAUUUUGGUUCAAUUCUUACCGCUGGGAUCCAGGAUAUUAGUGCAGUCGCUGCUGUAUUUGGCACGGACCUUGUAGAAAAACAAUGUAAUAGAACAUUAAAAGGCCUUCAGUACCCAAUAUUUGCAACAAUGGGUAUGUUUGGAAGCCUGGGGUAUGCCAAAUGGGCUCUACAGACUAUUUUACCAGUUCAAACAUCCAUACGCCUAUUCACACCUGAGAAAGGCCAGCUAAGUUUCGAAUGCAACAUUUGGAUGUUCAGUUUUGGCAGGCGCAGCUGUUGGUCGAAUGAAGCCGACACUAUUGCACCUCCUGUGGCAUGGAAAUUCUUCACAGGUGGUAUUGCAGAUGCAAUUAGAUAUCUCGAUCUUAGUUUGAUCAAGGAAACAAUUCAUCAGCCCGUAAUUUCGGCCAGUAUCGCGUCAUGUCUAGCGAUAUUUGCAUCGUUCGUCGGAUUGAUUGCAUUUACCCCACAAUUUUUGGAAAUUGGUUUACAAUGGGGCCCACUGCUUCGCUGCACAGCAUCUGCAGUUCUGGCGAUCUGUAACGUAUGGCAACCGUUGAUAUUUGCAAUGUUCUUGGUCCCCAAUUCACCUGGUAUCGAAGGAAUAAAUGCUAUAGGUUUAUCGAUCGCUAUGAUCUUGGCAGGUGUUCUUUUCGUUGCAGCAUUUGCUUUGGUGGCAGGUUAUGUUGGAAGUUUCCAAAUGGUGCAAGCAGGAUCAACAAAUGCAUCAAUUAUAUGGCUUGCAAUUGAACUUUGCCUUAUGGUUCUCAGACUCUGUUUUUGGUCCUUUUCACUGAGUUUUUUACAUUACGGCAGUAUACGUUUGAGAUUGGAUGAUCCGGCACCCUUUGCCGCACUAUCUUUUAAACGUUGGUUGAAUGAAAACGAGACAAAAAUUGCUUUCUUCGCAUUUGGUGCUUCUAUUGAAAGCAUUCGGGAGUUCAGUAAUAUUACUGGCUUAUGGAUUCAGGUUCCUGAAACCUAUGUUGCUGCUAUUAAAAAUGAUGAAGAGCGUAAAUAUCUGAUCAAGCCUCGCCCAGCAGGGCAAUGGAGAGGUCUCUAUGGCAAACAGUUACAGAACAAUACUCUCGCUGAUAUUCUAGAAGCAAUAGCUUUGCCACUCACAGCAAAUCCUGAUAAAGGCGAACGUACAGCAGUGGACGUUCUGCUUCACGAUUCAGUCGUUUUUCAAGGUAUUCAUAAUCCGAAAUCAAAAAAAUAUCAGUUGGAUCUUAUCCCAGAAGCACAAUAUGACAAUCGACGACAUUUGAAGAGCCCGGCUGUAUCUUUAAAUGGUGCUGAAUUUCAUUCACUGACUGAACUGGAUUUUAAAUCAUAUUUCACGAUGGUCCUCAAUUACCUUACUAUAAAGCACAAGAAAUCUCAAGGAAAGUGUUUUGAUGCAAACUGCUAG